CCACAGUUUAGUUAAGAUAGGUAGUGGUAUUCUGUUGAUCUAGAAAGUAAUUUUGUGUUGGUGUUUUAUGUCGAAAACGUAGAUUGUCUAAUCAUAUAUACGUAUGAUAACUUAAAUAUACCGAAUAAAUGCUAUAUAACUCAAUUUAUGGUACAAAUAUAUAAAGCAAUUUCUUAAAAUAAUCUUCCAAAGUAAUCGAAACAAGUGCCUAAUAUUUUCUGUCUUUUGUUAUUUAUAUAUUGUCAUUGAAUAGUGUUCGUCGAGCGUUUAAUGUUUUCCGCGAAGCUUGCAAUGGUCCGAGCUGUUUUCUAGCAUCGUCCUGUACUGUACAAUAUUUUGCAUGAGGUCACGACGGCGGUGUGGUGUACGCAUGGAAGCCCGGCGGACUGGUGACCCCGCGCUGCACUCGUUGCGCGCGAAGUUUCGCCGUGCGCUACCGGGAUGGACCGCGCACGCGUCUCGCCGCCGUCGGAUCGCGCGCACCCUCGGCCGCUCCAAGGAGGAUCCCGCGGAACCCUUGACUCCCCUCCCGCGGAGACCUUAAAUGAACCAGAGACUCCGCGGCCCGCGCCGCGCGCGCUCCCCUCUAUUCCCGAGAGCGAGCCCUUGCUCCGCGAUCCGCUUAGUGUCAGUGAUGUGCCGCGUAGAGCCGGUCGUCCGUUGCACGUGCAGUUCGACGCGCAAUCACCGCCCGUGCCGGUGUCCCUUACCGGCUCCAGUUCCAGUUCCAGCUCUGACGAUGAGGACGUUUCGAUCGCUGAAGCCAGGCCCCCUGACGGCGGAUGGGGUUGGGUCAUUGUUUUUGCCUCGUUCAUGGUUAACCUGAUCGCCGAUGGAAUCACGUUCAGCUUCGGCGUGUUUUUCCCACAUUUUUUGGAGUACUUCGGCGAAGGAAAGGGAAAAACCGCAUGGAUCGCCGGUAUUUUUAUGGCGAUGCCGCUGCUCUCGGGACCUAUCGCAAGUUUUCUAACAGAUAGAUAUGGUUGCCGUCGCAUGACCAUAUUUGGUUCAAUACUAGCGUUUCUAGGUUUUGUCAUUUCUGCCUUUGUGGAUAACAUGGAGACACUGUUUCUUACAUUCGGUAUCAUGGCUGGAUUUGGACUCAGUUUAUGUUACGUGGCGGCCGUAGUUAUCGUCGCUUAUUAUUUUGAAAAGAAACGUUCACUCGCUACCGGGAUCUCCGUGUGUGGAAGUGGAAUUGGCACAUUUAUAUUUGCGCCAUUGACAUAUAUCUUAUUAGAUGAAUAUGGGUGGCGUGGAACGACAUUAAUACUCGCGGGAUUUUUCUUAAAUAUGGCCGUAUGUGGAUUGUUAUUCCGUGACUUGCCAUGGACAGCUACAAUGAACGAAGAAAGAGCAAAAGAAAGAAAAAGGAGAAGAGAGAGAAAACGAAACAAACGUUUCGGCUCUGUAGCGGCAUCUGUGGAUAGCGUUUCAGACACGAAAAGUAGUGCAGCAGGCUCGAUGAAAGUAAACGAUGCAGUGGAUAUAGAGGCAGUUACUUCAUCAAUAGUUCCACAAUUCAGUUCUUUAGUAGACCUGCCUACAUUCAUGACCGGAGGCGAGGGAGUUUCGUUAGAAGUAUUUGAAUUAAUGUCCAACAGAGGACGCGCUUAUGCUCUCUUAGCACAGAAUUACCCAGGUGUGAUGUUACCAUCGAGGAGUUUUAGUGAUAGUGGGCGGUUACACGAACAGUCACCACCUAAGGCGUUGAUGUCACCAGGAAUCAAUACUCCUGGGACUCUAUCACCAUCAUCUUUACCGAGUGCUCAAGGAUCAACCACAACAAGAGCACCUAUAAACGAGAAAGCAGCUGUGUCCCUUUGGUUAAAGAGACAGGCGUCUGGGUCAACGAAGAAGCCACCAGCUUUUCUAAAAGAUCUAAGGAUACACAGACAUUCAUUAACGUAUAGAGGGGCUAUGCUUAAUAUAAAUCGAUAUAGAUUACGUGCGUCUUCCUGCCCUAAUAUUUUCAGAAACUCUAUGACGACUAUUGCCAAAGGAAAGGUGCAAUGGUAUGCAGGUCUUUGGGACUUUUGGGACUUGGUUGUGGACGUUCUGGACUUUUCCCACUUCCGUAAUCCUGCCUUUCUUGUGUUCGCAAUGUCCAAUUUUCUCCUUUACAUGUGGUACGAUGUACCCUACGUGUAUAUCGCCGACAAUGGGCUGAACAUGGGCUUCAAUGAAUCGCAGGCAUCGAUGUUGAUAUCCAUCAUUGGCAUUGUUAAUAUGUUUGGAGAGAUAUUCCUAGGAUGGGUGGGUGACUGGGAGUGCGCGAACCCUAGCUUGGUGUACGCAGUCUGUAUGAUCCUGUGUGGAGUUGUUACCUUCAUCAUGCCACUUCUGAGCAGCUAUUUCGGACUCGCCGCUGCAUCUGGAGCAUUUGGUGCCUUCAUAGCCGCUAACUAUUCCCUUACGAGCAUUAUUCUUGUGGAACAGAUAACGCUGGAGAAGUUCACGAAUGCAUAUGGAUUGUUGCUACUUAUUCAAGGUCUGGCGAACCUUGUUGGACCUCCAUUGGCUGGUUGGGUCUACGACAUCACGGACUCUUAUGAUUUGUCAUUCUACUUAUCUGGAGUUUUUAUCGGAAUAUCGGGUAUAAUACUAUUUUUUAUGCCAAUUUACAAUCAAAUAAGGCAAUACAACUCUCUCCGCAAGAGCAAGACACAAAAUAAUGAGCCACAAGUAAACGGUGAAGCGAAACAGAACGGUAAACUUGUUUUGUAGAUUCUAGAAGAUAACAAAAAAUAACCUGGAAAGUAUGUGAUUGAAUAUUUAGAAUAUCAUAGAAAGGUUAUAGAGUAGGAAUUAUACACAGACUAGAUGUAAGCUAAUUUAUAGAAAAGAUGAUGUAGGACGAUAAAGUUCAGAUAUUUCGAAGUAUCUGACUGAAUUGUUAGAAACAAAUGUAUUACCAACCGACCAACGUAUUACCAAGCGACCUUAAAUAAUAUGCUAGAAAAGAGAAAGUAAGGUAGCCAUCGUGAUGACGAACUUUAUAGCAGACACUAAGAAUAUUAUAAUUCUAAGAUACUUUACGCAGAAUUCUCAUUCACUUUGAAACAAAUACCUUUAAUAUGUUUAAUAUAGGAAGAAAUUUGCUUUAUUAGAAUAACAUAGUAAGAUAAUAAACAAAGAUUCAAAGAUAUUCGCGCGAUCCAGCGAUCAAUAAAUAAAGGUGGUGCGACACACGACAAGAUCGCUAUCGCCUUUAGUAUCCGUAGUUAACCUGGACGUUGCUAGAGAGAGAUGGAGGUACGCUCCCCCCGACAUGUAUGAACUGGUGCCUACUAUAAAUGUAUAAAAGUAAUUAUUAAACACGUUAAACUCAAAUUCAAUAAAUUUUAAUAAAUUAGCUCUCUUGAAGUCUUGUAUCCACGAUAAAGAAUCCUCGGGUCCUUUUUAUGUUCUCUAGAAAUAAUUGUUAACUAUGCACACGUUAAUAAACACACAGUUACGAUUUUUUCUUAUCCAAACUAAAUUGUGAGUAGCCACAGUACUUUUUUAUUUGGAUUCGCGUGAAAUAUUAGUUUUGUAAAUAUAAAUAAAUAAAACCAAGUCUUAUAAACAAUGGAAAAUGAUUAGCAUUAAGGACACGAUUAACGAUUCUCUAAAAGUAUUCUAAAUAUUAACCAAGAGUGGAGUCUAUAACUUGUACGAUGUAAAUGUAUAGAAAUCCAUAGAAAUCUAGUUGGAAGUGUGGAUUAGGAUCGUUGGUAUUAGAAUCACAGUUGAUGUUUAGUGGCUUUAUAGUGUUGUUUGAGCUGUUUGUAGUAAUGCUUGUAAGGUUGGAAUUAUUAGAAUGUCUAUGAAGUAAGUUAAGUAAUAGAUGGGAAAGGAAAGUCACGUAAGGUGGAAGUGGACAGCCACAAAAAAAAGUAAAUGUCAAGAUAACCAUUGUAUUUGCUUUAAUUACAAAUUUAAAUUUAUAUUGUCAAAGCAAAAAUUGAAAAUAUUUUUUUUGAGUUAAUUCCACAUAAAACAUUUUUUUUUAAAUAUAUAAUUGUUAUUAAGUUUCAUUAUUGUAAAUUUGAGGUAUAAAUCAAUAAUUUUGGUAUAAAUAAAUAAUUUUUAGCUUCAGACAUUAUGAUAAGUAUCAUGUCAGAAGUGGUUUUUUUUGAACGGGAACAGAAAUGUUUUGUUUAUUUGCUCGCUUUAUUGAUUGCUUAAUUAAAACAAAAUAUUAUAGCUGUAUACAAUGUUAACGUUUAUAUCCUUACAGGAUAUGUUAUACACACUAUUUUGAGUAAAUACACACCUGUAUACCAUGUAUUAGAAAUACCCAAGAUUAUAAAUAUUUUUUUAUUAAAAUUAUUAAUUACAUACUUUGACGACAUGAUAUUUUAGCAACAUAUUUUUUUCUAACUUAAAUUUCAAGACGAAAGUUAAUAAAGAACGCUGGAUUAGGAAUGUUUUAAUCGAUCUGAACAUAUUACUAAAGGUAUUAAAUAAGUCAUAGAUAAAUAUUAUAUAAAACAAACAAUAAGUGAGAAUAUAUAGAGAGGAAAUAACAAUAUAUACAUAUAUAUAUACAUAUAUAUAUAUAUAGUAAGAUAUUUAAAUAUAUUUUAUCCUUUUUAAUAUUUUUCAAUAGCGUUUUGGUGUAUUAAUUUCUAUUGACAUUUAUAAGCAAUAUAGUGAGCUGUUAGAAUUUUUUGAUAUAUAAAUUAUUGAUGAUGUAAAAUUGUAACCGUUAAAUUAGGUGAAUUCUAAACUUACCAAAGACUGCCCAAACGCCCACGAAACAUAUUGGUGACAAAGAUCUUCCCAUUAGUAGUCUCUGUCAUAGAUAAUAACAUGAAUAUACUUAAGGUAACGAUACGACCACAAUCGGGAGAUAUAAUUAUGAUUAAGGUAUGACAUAGAAGAAAAAACAUUUUAAAUCGUUAGCAAAAUUACAAAUCAUGUAAUUAUCUAUGGUAUAAAUAGGUUAAGUUAGGUGGUCCUUUUGUCACAUGUUCAAAUUAUGGCAAAAGUAAAACAUUAAGGCAAUAUUUUAACAUAGUUUUUCUUAGAGUAUUUUAUAACUUUAGACAGUCGAAUAAUCGUAGAUUUAAAGUUAUCGACGGGCAUACCAAAAGAAAAAAUUGAAAAAAAAAAAAUCAUUUACUUAUAUAAUUAUUAAUUUUGUCUUCGCGUAGAUAUAGAUUUCGAAAUUUAAAGCAUUUUUCAAAUAUCGCGCAUUUUUAUUAGCUGUAAAAAGUUUAAAAAUAUUUACUAUCACUCACAUACAGUUAGUUCGACUUUGUCACGUUUUUUAAACUCGUGGUAUCGAAAUUAUUACAUUAUUUUCUUAUUUAUUACACAUGCAACGUCAUAUGCGCUAAUUAUUGAUACAUUUAUAAUUAAUUUAACAUUAAUAUUUAGCAAUGAGUUUGACUUCUCGAAUUCAUUGUAAUGGAUGGCAACAUUAAAUUUACUUGUCAAACUCGAAGAGCAAAGUUGACAAAGUACCAUCUGCCUCUAUAUUUGACUUCCUACAUAAAAAUUAAAAAUGUCUAUUGUAGCUGAUUCUAUAACUUUAGUCUAUGAUAAUAUUUUGAAAAUUAUAAUUGUAAUUUCUGAGUUUGUUAACAAUUUAUCUUUUUUAUCACGUAUGUAAUUUACUCUAUAUAAUUUAUUAUUGCUAAUAUCAAGGUACUAAUUAAACUCUAAAGUUAUUGUAAAUUUAAUCCUUAUCACAUUUUCUACUCGGCAUUUUAAUAGAAUUUCCUAUUUAAUAUGAUAAACCUCUUUGUAUUUUAAUCCUUCAAAUUCAACGUGUAAUCUAUUUAUAUUGUAACACCUAUACAGUUAUUAGAAAAUAUGUUUUAUAUUCAUCAGAGUAAAAUAUUAAAUUUGUAUUUAUGCUAACAAAUAGAGUAUCUAAAUUAAUCUGUUUUAAAUAAUAUUUUGUUGAUGCCUGUCUGUCAGUUCGAAAUAUUUUAUGUGUUAAUCUGUUAAGUUUGUGCAAAAAAUGACAUAUUGUACGAAUUAAAGUUUGAAAAGUUCGAAACAGUGUUAAUGGAUUCUUGUUCGCGCACGCCAUGCGUACACACAACUUCUCUGCACACUAGUACCUGCGUGUAUGUGUGCGUGUUCAGACGAGAUGCGUGUGACGUCAUGUAAAUGUUGGUAAAAAGGCCUUAUUUGACAUAAUUACAUUAACAUAAGAAAUCUUGUAAGCGCGCGAUAAAUUUUGUAUUUAAGUGACUUUUUUACACGUAUCGGAAAGCCAAUCAUUCAAUUUGUGAUACAUUUAGUAAUAAGUCUGUUAGUAAUUUAAAGUGUUACGACUUCAAUUCUUGCCGGACACUAUUAGACUCCGAUAUCUUGUCAUAUUGACGUCACAGAGUAGGCAGAACAAAUAAUUAUAUUCAGAAAAAUGUAUACAUUAUAUGCAUAUAACUAAUACAUGUUUUUGACGAUGCCUUCCGAUAGUUCAAGGGUCAAAAUAGAAUAAAAAAUGCCGAACGAAAUGCACUAACUAAGUUGUAUGAGAAUAUUCAUAUUCCAAAUAAACAAUAAUACCUACCACUAGUUGACCUUAUGGGUGGAAUACAUGCUGGAUAAAUAAGCUAUCUAAGGAAAUAAGAUGAAAUUAGUAUCAGGCAUGAUAUCGGCGAUUUCUCCCAUAGAGUGUUCAUUAUGUAACAAGAUAUCGGAGUCUACUCACGAUUGCGUAACUUAUAACGGAUUUUUUUGUCCCGUAUUUCAAUAGAAUAAGUACAAACAUAGAUCUAAAAUUAAAUCCAAAUUAAGAUUAAUAAUGUCCUAAAAUUUGCAAAGUGAAUAAAUUCGAAAAGAGAUACACGCCAACGUCGAAAAUGUUUAGUAAUAUAUUAAUAGUGUUAAUAAACAAAUGUCAAUGGAAUUUGUUAUAACAUUAAACGUUUGAUUUAUGGUAUUUAAUAACGUGUGUGGUUGAAAAUCUAAAAGAAGUUUUUGAAUUAUACAAGUUUAAUUCUUCUCCUUUCAUUAUUAAUGCAAUAAAAUAUUUUUUUGUUAAUUUCCAAUGUUCACGAAUAAUGUUUAUCUUAAAGAAUAGACUUUAUUUAUUGUACUGUUCAUAUUAUAAUUAUAACAACAGUUAAUAUUUGCAGAAUUUAUAUGUCUCUGUGUUUUGUCUUGAGUUGUAACAUGUUUAAGUUAAUCAUGUUUGUCAAUAGUUUGCACUAAUUUAUACAGCGUGUUUUAAAUGUUUUUGUAUAACGUUAUUUUUAAGUUGGUACAGUUUUAUAAUAAGUAGUACCGUGGCGUUGAAGUAUUAUGUAAAUUGAAGAGUUUGGUUUUUUUAUCCCUCUAUUUGUAGAAAUUCAAGACAUUACUCUCAAAUUAAUUAUCUUUGAUUUAUUAAACAACUCUGAAUACGCAGAUCAGACUUAAUAAAAUAUAUAGUAGUAGUUGAAAAACAAAUGCCGUAAGUCAUACCGACCAACAUACAUAAUACUUAAACGCUACUGUGAUAUAAAUGAUUGCUACUUUUCUGCAGCUUCGGUCAUACAUGUGUGAAAGCAGUUCAAUUGAGUAGUGUGCCCUUAGCUUUAAAGGUCUCUCGUAUCAGGCUUACUCGCUUCGCUCGGUCAGCUGUACACGUUCCUAUGCUUGGAAUUAUACUUUUACAUUUAUAUUAAGUUGUGCUAAAUGUUCUAGCUUAUUAAAAAUAUAUAUAUUUCGACGUAUAAGUAAAAAUAUUUACGUAUUUUGAAACAUAACUCAGAAAUGCAUGUUGCAUGUACAUGUUGUAUAUUUUGUUUGUAUCAUUUUCAAGCGCUAUGGCGAUGCCAAUACGAAACGGGUAUAUGAAUGUAUUAUGUAUAUUGUUGCACUUAAAUAUUGUGUGUGCGUUUAGUAAAUUUAUCUCUGAAAUUAAAUGUGUUUUAUUUCUGUGACGUCCUUAGUUUUAAUGUUUUGAUAUGCGCAUUGCAUGCAAAUGAUUUUGAUCUGCACUCGAGGCUUUUAAGUGUAAUUUUAACGUAGAACUUUGACGCAUCUGUGAUUCUGUUUUCUUUUAACGCUAAAUUCAACGAAUAUUUUUUUUUA